AUGAGGGGUCUCAGAGAUCUAUCACCGGAUUCGACGUUGCUCGGUUCCCUACGGAUCUUGACAUCGUCCAGCGGCAAAACGGCCGUCUCUCAAGACCCAGACGCGGCAGAUCACACAGACGAAAGCAUGCGACGCACUCGUCUGCCAACGCUCAGGGAGGUCCUGUCGAGACAGACCAAGGCGCCAGUUGACCUGUACUGCUUCUACAUCUAUCUCCAAAGGGAGAACAAUGUCGAUGUGCUUGAUUUCUGGCUCGACGUGCAACAGCACGAGUCGCUCUUCCGUACAUAUCUCAAGGACUUGGCCCGUCAGACUGUCACCUCGCCUCGUAUGACAAGCGAGACGCAGCACCGUGACUCAAGCGCUCAGGACCCUGCGCCAACCUCACCCCGUCUCGCCGAGCUUUCGCCCGAUCAGUCCAGUAGGAUAAGACAAGCGCUGCAACGAGACUGGCCAGCUUACCUGCGCUACGCUCAACAGAAUGGCAGUUGCUACGAAUCCCUGCUUGGACCGCUUUAUCAGGGCAAUCCCGAGAAGGACGCACACACCAAGGAACAAGCGCUGGCAGGUCUAGGCAUAGGUCAUGCACCUCAACCGGCAUCAGGCCUUUACGUCGAGGCAUUGCGAGAAGGAUAUGCAGGCUCGACGCCUGCCAUUCGUGUCGAGAGCGACGACCAAACUGCUCGAGACGUAACACUAGCGCGUCAACCAUCACAGCUUACAUCGCAAUCAGCUACAACGAUGGGUCGCCAGGCAAGCCGCUCUUCCGUCAUGUCACAGACGCUGCGAGCGCUCUAUCCCGACGAAGCCAACGCAACCAAUGAGCCUAUCCACAACCACUCUGAGCGCCUUCAGCGCAGUCCGAGUCGGGCCGCAUCCCGCUUCAGUGCAUUCAGUACGGCUUCGUCACGUCUUAUGCGGUCCGGAUCGAUUUGCAAAUCAAAGACGCCGGUUCAGCCAAAAAUCUAUCGCAAUGCCGCUCUCACUCGUGAAGAUAUCAUCGUGUCAGCCGAACGCAUCUACGCCCGCUACCUCUUGCGAGGCGCGGAGCGUGAGAUCUAUCUACCCGAGUAUCUCAAAGUCGCCGCUCUGCCAUCGGUUGACCCGGACGAUGGCGACUCGGACGCGGGUGGCCGUCUUCCCGACUUGUUCCACAAGCAAAAGGCAUGA